UUUCAAUCCAAAGCUGUGUUUGACAACAAUUGUGUGCGGGUUGCAGCGCUUGCAGAUAUGGCAGGCAAUAGCUCCAGUUCAACACUGAAACCAGUGCUGAUCGGCAUUGGAUUGGCAGUCCUCACUGCGAUCACUGCCGGCCUCUUCCUCUGGAAACGGAAGAAGCGUGGCCCACCACGCCUGCUGGAGGAUCCGAAUGUCAAGUACCCACUACGGCUGAUUGACAAGUUGGUGCUGAGUGGAGACACCCGUCGGUUCCGGUUUGCGCUGCCAUCGCAGGAUCACGUGCUGGGUCUGCCGGUGGGUCAGCACGUGUACCUCUCAGCGCGCGUGGAAGGCGAACUGGUGGUGCGGCCCUACACGCCCGUUUCCAGCGAUGACGACAAGGGCUACGUCGACCUCGUGAUCAAGGUCUACUUCCGUGACACGCACCCCAAGUUUCCGGCCGGCGGCAAGAUGUCUCAGCACCUUGAGGAACUACCGAUCGGCGGCACUGUGGACGUGCGCGGCCCGGCCGGCCUGUGCACCUACCCGGCACCAAGCACGUUCCACAUCCGUCCCGAGCGACGGGCACCGGCCGUCACCGUCCGCGCCUCGCGCAUUGGUAUGAUAGCCGGCGGCACGGGCAUCACCCCAAUGCUACAGCUCAUCCGGCAGGUUCUCAAAGACCCGGAGGACAAGAGUCGUCUCUGGCUUCUCUUCGCCAACCAGACCGAGUCGGAUAUACUUCUGCGUGACGAACUGGACGCCCUGGCGGCGGCUCACCGCGAGCGACUGCGUGUUUGGUACACGGUGGACCGUCCCGGCUACGGCUGGCCCUACAGCGUCGGCUUCGUGUCGGCGGAGAUGAUCGCGGAGCACCUCCCCCCGCCGGGAGAUGACACAGUGAUCCUCAUGUGCGGUCCGCCGGCUAUGAUCACGUUCGCUUGUAAACCGAACCUGGAUAAACUGGGUUAUCCGCCACGGGCGCGGUUCUCUUACUAGUCUAGCACGUGGAUAGCGACAAUGGUAGUCGGAUGGGUGCGGUGUGUGGAAAUGAUGGCGAGUAAGGUUAAGGACGAUGGCUGCAUUCUUGUAGGGAAUUGCGAUGCGUGGCUAACUGGUUUGAUGACAGCAAUCUGUUGUGAUCCGUCGAUUUGUUAUCUGCUUCUUUGGAAUGUUAUGCAUCUUGGGCUAUAGCAAUGGGGAGGAAGGGUCUUAGAUAAUGCCUUUAGAAGCACGCUAUUGACGGGCUUAAUAUUUAUGCAGUAGUGUGUUGAGCUGUUUCGCAAGCUACAUAUUUCUCAGUUGAAGGUGGUCGUCCAUGCCUAAAGCAUCUCUUCGUGAUGUGCUGUGACUUAGCAUAUUGCUAACGCAAAGCUGUGAUUGUUUAUACAUUCGCAAAUCUGUUGUAGGGCUGUUAAGAGGAGCAUAUUUUCCUAAGGGAUGGUUUUUGCGUUGUGCGCACUGCACAUAACCCUUUGUUGCGAUUAACUCCGUGACUCGCUAUCCUGAUGUUUUCAUGAUGUUAAUGGCAAUAAAAGGACGAUUGAUCUAAAAAA